AGGCCAGUACAUACCUGAUUGUCGUUACGGUUGGACGUGUAUACAUAAUAUUGUUGAGUGUUCUGUGUCGUAUGUUCUAGUGUUUGUGCACCACUUUUAUUUUGAAGGAGCUAGGACGUGUAUUCACGCUGGAUUUUCAAUUUGAUGAUAGCUGCGUGAUGCGCACCCCGGGGGGGAGCGGCGGAGUGCCGCUGGCCGCAGUGCCGCGCUGGUCGCAGGUGCCGGCGGCUCCCGUCACUGACUACACCGGGACAGCACCACCCCUGCAUGCCUACCCUGUGUUCCCCUACGAUGACGCCAUCAACAGCCGAUUCGCUAUUUGGCAAGGAGACAUAUCGCAGCUGGAAGUUGAUGCGAUUACGAAUACCAGUGAUGAGACCUUGUCGGAAUACAAUGACGUCAGCGAGAGGAUUAUGGCGGGCGCCGGACCCGACCUCAAGGAGGAGAUUAUUACGAGAGCACUUGAAUGCCGCACGGGCGAGGUGCUAGUCACGUCUGGGUACAACCUGCGCUGCCGACACAUCAUUCACACGGUCAGCCCCAAAUACGUGGCCAAGUAUCACACGGCGGCGGAGAGUUCUCUACACAACUGCUAUAAGAAUGUUCUACACAAGGCGGGCGAACUGAACGCGCGCUCUCUCGCGCUAUGCGUCAUCAACACUCCGCGGAGAAACUUCCCACCAGACUUAGCUGCACACGUUGCGCUACGCGCGGUGCGGCGCUACCUGUCGUCGACGGCCGCGCCCCGCCUGGUGGUGCUGGGAGGCGCCUGCGGUCCGGAGCUGGCUCCACUGUCCGCUCUGGCGCCGCUGUACUUCCCGCGGGACUCGCGCGAGGCGGACGCGGCGCGCUGGCUGCUGCGUGACCCGGACCCGCACCACGAGCGACGCAUCCGCAUCAUACACAACCCGCACACGCACACGCAGCCUGAUGACGACACGUCGCUGGAUGACGAGCUCGCGGUGGAGGCGGCGGCGGCCUUCGCCCGCGCCUGCUCGCCCGACACGCAGCGGCUGUUGCCUGCCGCCAGCCCCGCGCCGCACGCGCGCCGCACGCAGAUACACUCCGACGAGUAUGAGCGACUCCUGCGGCGCGCGCGCAGUGAGGACCUGAGCGAGGUGUCGGGCAUCGGGUGUCUGUACCAGAGCGGCGUGGACCGACUGGGCAGGCCCGUCGUCAUCUUCAUCGGCAAGUGGUUCCCCAUCGCCGACAUCGACCUCGACAAGGCCCUGCUGUACCUGAUAAAGCUACUGGACCCGAUCGUACGCGGCGACUACGUCAUCGCUUACUUCCACACUCUCGCCUCGUCCGCCAACCACCCGCCCUUCUCCUGGCUCAAGGAAGUCUACACCGUGCUGCCUUACAAAUAUAAGAAGAAUUUAAAAGCCUUCUACAUUGUUCAUCCCACGUUUUGGACUAAGAUGAUGACGUGGUGGUUCACCACUUUUAUGGCGCCGGCUAUCAAGGCCAAGGUUCACAACCUCCCCGGCGUGGAGUAUCUCUACUCCGUGAUGCACGCGAGACAACUCGACCUGCCCGCCUUCGUCACGGAAUACGACAUGACCAUAAACGGCCUGCAUUACUUCCAGCCAGAUACGAACAACACGUAACCAUCAGCUCUCGACCUGCCUCUAGCCACUCGGAAAUAUUAGCUUUCGAUAUCAUUAAAAUUUAUAGUGCAGGAGCUAGAUAACUAUUUUUGACAAAACUUUUUUUAUAAUCAAAUGUAUGUAGUUUGAACUGGUAAGCAUGGAAGGGGGAUAUUUUGUUAAAAAUUGCCAAUAAAAGAUCAGCGUUACCUUUUAAACAGCUGUUAUAUUCUUUAUUACGUUUUGAAUUUAUUUUGAUAUUACUUAAAUAUUUUACUGUUAACGGAGAUGCUGUUUCAAUAAAGGUUAAUCAUAUAUAAUUUCUAAUAUAUACAUUCCAUUUUUUAGUAAUCCCUAUGGCAAAUUAAAGUAAAUUAUCUAUUUUUAUCUUCUUGAAGUAAAUUUGGGGAUGCAUUAAUUUUCUGUUCAUUUUGUCAGUUUAAAUCUGAUAUAUCAGUGACCAAUUAUUUAACAACCUUCACAAUUUAAUAAUAUUCCUCACUUCUGUGCACUAACCUGUUAACGAAUUGAAUUAUUAGUGAACCAGUCUUCAUAAGAUCACAGUAAAUACUUUAAUAAUAACACGAAAUGUUGCUGUAGUAAUAUGAGUAAAGAAUUGAUCGAUAGUAUGAGAUUUGAAUGUUUAACCGAAAUUACUUUACAGUGGUGCAUUUUAUAUUUUAUAAGAUAAAUAAGCGGUAGCGUUUUUCUUACUUACUGUUUAUUUAUAUGUUUAUGUUAGACUGAAGCUUGUUGAUUAGAUAAGUAUGACGUGUCAAGAAUGUAGCCCUUUCCAAAAUAUACAUGAUUCCAUAUUCAUGAUUCCAAUAUCCUUCCUUAUUAGGAUUAUUUAAAUCUAAAAUAUGUGAUCAAUUAUGAGAACUACACCUUAUCUCUAUGGCCUAUUUGUGAAAAUAAAUAAUAUUUAAAAUAAUAGCCAAAACGCAUGUAGCUUGCUCUUUGGCUAUAGGCGCCAUUUUGUGCAUGGGCGCCAUUUUACGAGCUUUAAACGUCAUUCGUAUCCAUUUUUAAUCAGAUCUAGCUUUUGUGGACUUAAUUUUAAAUUAACAUAGCCGGUAAGGACGUAUUCUAGAUGUUAAGUUGAGUGGUGCAAUUUGAAAUAUUAUUGUGAGAUCUAUUUUUUUCUUUUUAUGUCUUCGAUUCUUCUUUCAUCAAUUGGACUUUUGGAGGUUUAUGUAUUUUUAUGUUAGUAACUUUGUUCUUUUCUUUUGACACGUGAUUUUAUUUAAGUAAAUAUAUUUUAUAACAAGUUUUCUACGUACUUUAACCCAUAUUUUCACAAUUCGCAUUACCAGAUGUGAAGAAACAGUAGUUUGUUAGUGACACUUAUCGUGUGGGGAACAAUAUUACUGGUAUCAUAAUAUUCUACUAGUUUGUGUUGUAUUAAGGUGCUCUGCAAAUUAGUUUUUAUGUUUUAAUGCUAACAAUUGUAAAGGUGUACAUAUUAGAUGUUUAUUUAAUAUAUAGUAUGCAAUAAGACGUUUAUCAGGUCGCUACGUUCAAUAUUAGUGCAAACUCUGGUCGGGAAACAGAGAAUUCGGAGUACAACUUAGAAACAAAACGGGAAUUUGUGUGAGAAUAUAGAGGAUCCAUUAAUUAUUGAAAUGAUUCUCUACGAACUGCUAUGAAUUUUACUAAAAUAUGAUAUUUAGUGUUUUUUUUUUUUGUAGUUUUGAAAGCUUUUUUAUUUAUUUUGACCAAUUUUAAGCUUAAGAUUAUUGUACCUCCGUUUAGUUAUUUGUCUUAAAUGAGGAGGCUUACUGUAUGAACGCAAGAUGUCGCUCAGUAAACUCAAGACGCACCCCGACAGGAACGGAUACUAAGAACGGAUUCAAUGCCCGAAAUUAUCUGCUUAGCGACCCGAGCUUAAUAACCACAUUCAAUAUAUUGUAAGUUGUCGCAGACGAUUGUUGUUGACAAAUAAAUAAAUAUGAUAUAAACCAUUACAUGUUCAAGAAAUAUUUUUAUUACAAGAUCUAUUUCAGUGUGCCUGUUAACUAUUUCUCAAAAUAAUUGUAUAUUAACAUUUGAAUAAAAACAUUCGCCAAUAGACAGUUCUGAUUAAGCCAGACGGCAACGACAUAAAAUUAUUAUUAAUUCAUCUAUUUCUAUUUUUUUUUCCGUACUAAGUAACUUUGUAUUGUUGGGUGAAGAUUUGUAAAAUACACAAUGAAUUGCAGAACCUCCACAUUGUGCCACGUAGAGCUAAUAAUUGUAGACACUGUUAAAUUUACUACGAUUUUCUAGGAGACCAACACACAGUGACAGGAAUAAUUGCGGCAAUAGGUAUUUAUUGUAUAUUAUUAUGGGCCUUAUAUGUUAUUAUACAUUUUAAAUAAAUAUUGUAGACACCGGUUUUAAUAUUGUUGAUAAUUUGUUGUAGAAUAAUGCAAUGUGUGUUGUGUGUAUGUAAGUAUGUAAGUUACAGAGCGGUUUGUGACUACAGUUGUUUUAUAAAUGCAUAGUGAUUGUUAUUUGUAUAUAUUUAACGGAAUAAAUUUAAUUUACUACUA